GGCAGCCGUGGUACUGCAGUGAACUGUUUAGUUGUCAGCAUUUAUUGGGACUUGUGAGCUUUCCCAGGGAGAGGGUCGCGGAAACCCAAGCAGCCCCCCUAUUGGAUUCAUGCAGAGUGGGAAUUAGAUCUGCAGCAGCAGCAGCCAAAGGGGAGUGUAGCCCUGCAGCCCUGGGAGAUCUCUGCACUGGGGUCCCAGUUACUGCAGAUAUGUGACUUACUGAGCCACACACCGAGACCCCCCUUCGCAGCCUGCAAUCUGCAUCUCAUUCAAAAUGAAAACUCAUCCAGCUGUCAUCCUACUUCUCUUCUUUGUGAUUGGCUAUGGCUCUUCAGAAAACUCUACCACUUCCAGAGGUUGCGGGCUGGAUAUCUUCCCCCGCUACGUGUACCUUUGCGACCUGGAUGCCAUUUGGGGGAUUGUAGUUGAAGCUGUGGCUGGAGCAGGCGUGCUGACAACCUUGUUGCUGAUGCUGAUUUUACUAGUGAGACUCCCCUUCAUUACUGAAAAGGAGAAGAAAAGUCCACUUGGAAUACAUUUCCUUUUUCUGCUUGGAACUCUUGGACUCUUCGGCUUAGCUUUUGCCUUUAUUAUACAGGAGGAUGAAGCUAUCUGCUGCACCAGGAGGUUCCUAUGGGGCGUUCUUUUCGCUCUGUGUUUCUCUUGCUUACUUGCGCAAGGUUGGAGGAUCCGCAGGCUUGUUCGCCACGGGAAAAGUCCAUCUGGAUGGCAUAUGGUUGGGAUGGUUAUAUGUCUAAUGCUGGUACAGGUCAUCAUCGCAGUCGAGUGGAUUAUCCUUACAGUUGUCCGAGACAGGAAGCUGGCUUGCAGUUAUGAGCCAAUGGAUUUUGUAAUGGUUUUGAUUUAUGUCAUGGUUCUGAUGGUGGCAACGUUGGGUCUUUCAUUUUUUACUCUCUGCGGGAAGUUUCAGAAAUGGAAAAAAAAUGGAAUAUGCCUUAUUAUUACAACACUUUUUUCUGUUUUAAUCUGGGUAGCUUGGAUGACCAUGUACUUGUACGGUAACAACGAACUCAAGAGAAGCGAUAAGUGGAAUGAUCCCACGUUGGCCAUUGCACUGAUAUCUAGUGGUUGGGUGUUUCUCAUUUUUCAUGCUAUCAUUGAGGUCCACUGCACCAUUCUCCCAGCCCCACAAGAAAAUACAACUAAUUAUUUUGAUACAUCUCAACCUCGUAUGCGGGAAACUCCUUUCGAGGAAGAUAUUCAGCUCCCCCGGAGCUAUAUGGAGAAUAAAGCUUUCUCUAUGGAUGAACAUAAUGCAGCAAUGAGAGCAGGAGGAUUCCGCAAUGGGAGUUUGGGAAGCAGGCCCAGUGCUCCAUUCCGAAGCAACGUGUACCAGCCUACUGAGAUGGCAGUUGUGCUUAAUGGUGGGACAGAUAUCUUACAGUUCAUCCUGAACCAGAAGGAAGGAGUUAAAAGUCAGGUCUGAAGCCGAGUGUUAUCAUUGGAUGUUACAGAGCUGGGACGCAGUGCUUACUACUCACGCUGGCAGCAAUGGUGGAAUACAUGAAGAUCAUAUUAAGAAGCAGAAAGGAGAAACGCUCUUUCUAUCAGAUUUUAUUGCAAUUCCACAUUGGGUUGUGUCGCUACAGCUGUAAAUGAUGGAGCAUGUUCCUACUAAUGUGUCUUGUUAAGCACAAACAUGUAACAUUUGAUUUCAAGAAGUCAUUGUACACAAAGGACAUUUUGUAAAGCCUUUCGUAAGCAAAUGCCCAGAUUUCACCUCAGCUGUCUAAAAUGUCACCAUAUGUUUAACAAGGAUACACAGAGAAAAGCACAAUGAUUUUUUUUCUUAAUUCCAAAUUACAGAAACAGUACAGGGAAAGAAAAGAUAAAAACACUGAACAGAAAAAUAUUUUUUCUUUAAGCGCUAAUAUGGCCUUGGUUUUGCACUGAGGAGAACAAUUUUUUUUGCCAAGGGAUGGGUGUGGGUAUAUUGGGCACACUCUCUAAUUGCACACGUUUGUGUAGAUUUUUUCAUAUAUACAUUAUUAUAUUAUAAUCUACACUAUGGCCAUUUCACCAUGCACUAUAGCAUACGUUAUUUCAUGCUGUUUAUAAUUUCAAGGGACAGGCACACAUACUUGCUAUGAGCAUUACUCUGACAGGGCUUUUGAGUUAGUUUCUGCCUACAAUGUUAUCAGCACAUACAUGGCCCAGGCUGUCAGGGAAGCACCCAAAGCAACAGUUGGUGGCACCAACAGGAAAACAAUGUCAUGAUACGUCUGACGCUGCUUUGAUGUUGCUGCCUAUUAGUACUGCUAUUUACAAUAACUUGGUUACACUUUCACACUGGAGUACAUACCAACGCUGAUACACAGCAUCAUGGAUGCAGGAGGAGCUUUGUGUUAGUCCUCAUUUUGCUAUUGUUUUGACAGGGUGUGCUUGUCCCCGUUUGUUACUAUUGCUACUGGCAUACAUCACAUCAGUGUUAGGGCUAAUAGCAUUCCUGACAGGCACUAACAUGGGUGUGCUGUAGAUUAUAUAGCAUAAUAUACCCCUAAUACUUCUAAGAACCUUAUAAAUGACAGUAGGGGGCUACAUUAUCUAUGUUAUCAUUAACACAUUGUGCAUUCUUGAUAAGGUAGAGUUUUCACUCUUAAUUGCAAACUCAACAUGGAGGCCUGGACAGAGAAUAGGUAAUUUUUAGUACCAAGAGGGUUGAGGUCUAAAAGGACAGUGUCAGUUGCAUAGGAAACCAAUAUGACAUCAAUUAGUGGAGUUGUGAUACAAUAGGGCAAAGUUGGGCUUUGGCUGGAUUUGAGAUUUUAUGGAUACUAAACUUCAUUUUUACAUCAUCUUUGUAUUUAUCUCAUUAAAAUACAAAGAGCUGAAUAUUCCAUUAUAUCCCUGUUGCAGGGUUUUCAGUGGCUACUAAAAAGGUGGUCAGUGGACUGACUUGGUUUCUCCAUUUUUCUGAAUUUGAAUGAAUGAAACCUCUAUAUACCUAAUUGGAAUUUUGACUGGAAGUAGGACAAAUAUUUGGAACUGCCAUGCUUUCUAAAAUACCCCAAACUCCAAUUCACUUUCCUAUUAUACCCCCAAGUAUAGUGCCUAAGGUUAUUCCUUAUUGUAUAGUCUCUUUUAUCUAAAUGUAUCUUACACAUGACUAAGCAAUAAGCAUAGGCAUGAGAAAUAAUCAUUCAGCUACAUAGAAAAAGUUAAACAGCAGUGCUUUAGAGUAAAGUAAACAGAGUUCUAAGUGCGGCUGACAUCUAAUCAGUAACCAUGCCACCGGAAAUCCUGCGCCACAAUAAGAAACUCAUGCAAAUGAGCAUCAUACUGGCAUUGCACCAAAGCACAGAAGUUCUGCUUCAUUGGCAAAUCUGUAAUUAGGGCCAGUUUUAAAAUGUUGGCAUGUUAAAAGCAUACAAACAUCCAGUUGUCAAUGGCAAAUGCAGACUCAGUGAUCCAUUAAAGAUGCACAUUAGUGUCUAUAAAAUUGAUGAUUUUCAUUAGUAGCUUGUAAAGAUCUCCUAUACAUUACCUUUUGGUACUUCUAUUAGACAAGCACAAAGGAAAAGAAAAGAACAUUCGUUAUUUGCAUUUAUAUCUAUGAGCAGGAGAUGCCAUGAUCCUUGGUUUUGAUAAGAUAACAUUCUUUUAUACAAAAAAAUCAGAUCUGUGCUACAGAUGGUGCUUUCAUAAUAUGGUAGUUCACACAUACACCCCCAUGUAACAUUCAAGGGCAGAUUUAUUAAAGUGUGAAAUUAGAGCUCACCACAAAAACCCACUUUCUAUUCUGUAUUUAUCAAAACGUGGCCAUACACAGGCCGAUAAAAACUGCUGAUGGACCAUCUUGGCAACUUAUCGGCCCAUGUAUAAGUUUUGGCCUGAUGUCAGUUGGGUGAGUUUCUUUGUAGCGUUUCUCUGUAGUGAUCUCUAAUUUGUCCCAUAAUGUUCUUCUUUUUGUCUUGCUUUGGAAUUGGCAUUUAAUUUAUAGCAAGGUGUGGUGCUGUCACUGCUCACAGCACAUUGGAAGCUUUCUUUGGAAUGCUGGAUCAUGAUAAUGCCAAUCUAUUAUAAUUAUAAUGUUAACAAAAGGAAUGACCAAAUCCCAGCAAUUUCUACUUACAGAAUACCGAUUUUAUAAAAGCUGAAUACAAACUUUUGAAAGGGGUCAUUUAGUUAGUCCCUGGACAGAAGUGCAAGAGCAAUAAGGGGCAUAACAGCAUGUCUCUUUGUGCUCACUUCCAAAGCAAUUCUAUCCAGGGUCUGGGUGUGCACUGCACCUUGUGCUAGUGCAUCCUUUCUAGUGCACCCAAAUGAUGCACAAGUUGGGGGGGGGGGGCUAUGUACCUCCACUUCUUCCUCAUGAAUACAGCACUGAAGGUAUUCAUGGAAUGAAUGUAGGUCUUUGCACUUUUUUCUGCAACAAAUCUGCCUCCAGAAGGGCAGAGACCAAAGCACAAAAACUGAACAAAUGGCUCCUGCACUUUGCACCCUGCCCUGCAGGUAGUAAAUAACCCCUAGCACGUUACCCAUAGUCACUAGAGCAUUGAACAUGAUUUUCUUGGAUUCCGUUAAAGCCGAAUAUGCAGAUUAAAGUUCUGAUUCAGUUUGGAAUUCAACCACAUUUUUAAGGAGGAAUAUUUAGCUGAACAACUGUAAUUAAUUGCACCUAAAAAUGUGAUAACAACACUUAAGGUUCAUAGCACAAGGAACUUUUUCUUCAGCUGUGAUUUUGAGCUGGCAGAGAUACACACAAAUCCUGUCCCAUAGCCUGUCAUUUGUUUUAAUGGAAACCAGCUGUCACCAGCGGUGACAGGCAGAUUUGGCUCAAAAGCUCUCAAAUGUAUCCUUUAUGGCCAAAAUCCACCUGUCACUGUCGGUGACAAGCGAUUUCUAUUAAAGCUAAUGUAGGCUUCUAUGCCAGGUUCAAGCCCUUCUCAGUGGGCUAAAAAGGUCUGGCAGAGAAUAAGGCCUGUAUGCCAUACCAUUAAGCUGUAUGAAAGCCAUGUUUAAGGUUUCUUUUGCCAAUUCUUUAAAACACCUAUUAUAGUAAGUCUUUUCACAUGUCUGUCUAUGAGCCCUUAAAGGUUUUUAAUAUCCCAAUUACUACAACUAAAGAAGAAAAAGUACAAUUUCAAAUACCAAGCCUAGGUUCUAUUAUGUUGUUUGUCAUCAUACAUAUGGGGACAUUUCGAAAGAAUUUUGCAUGAGAUAAGGGUGUAACUAUUUCUUGGGUCCUGCAAUAAGUAUUACACAUAUAAGCCCCAUGUAUAUCCCUCAUCUACUUGGAUGGGGUAUUCCAAAACCAGCCAAAUACCUAAGGCAAGUAGUUUAGGUAACAUUUCUUAAACCUACUACGAAAGGCAAGUUAGUUAUUCUAUACCUUUAGAUUUGAACCUGUAUGGUAUCUCAGAUAAAUCUGUCAAUAAGCAUGUGCAUGGCCUUUGUUCUUGCACUGUACUGUGGGGAGUUUUAAGAACCAACACACACAUCAGAAGUUCCCAACUGCUCUGACUGCUUGGGAUUGUAAUUAGUUGGUACAUUUCUACUGAAAAAUGCAUCAUGGUUUUUUUUUAUAAACACAGUGUAAAGGUGAUUCUGUGAUAAUACUAAUAAAGAUUUUAUAUAUGC